AUGCGCUACGGUCAGGGCAAGAUCCGCUCUCUUUGCAUCGACUACAUCAACGUGCUCACGUGUCGAGCGACGAAGCAGCAACCGCGCAUUCGAUCCUACUUCCGCACUCACCAAGGAAUCCAAAUGACGCUGGCGCUGCUGCAAGGGACCGACCUGGCGGCACAGCUGGCCACCGCCUCGCUCUGUCAAUCGCUGGCCUUCAACGACUUCUCCUCUGGCAACUCUCUGCUCCAUCACGGCGCAAUCCCUGCGUUGCUCAAGGCACUCGACAGUCCGAACAUCAACGUGCGCCGAAGCGCCGCAGGAACGCUUCUCAACCUGCAGCAGUGCCACCAGACCUCGCGGAAAAUAUGCGAGGCCGACGGAGUGCGGUUGACGGUGAACAUGUUCCGGGACUGUCCGUCGUUUCACGUUACACUGCAACAGGAACUGGCUGGUGUCAUGUGCAACAUCGCCGUGUCUGAUCGCGAGGGCGCGCAAGAACUGACGUCAACCGACGCGGUCGAGCUUCUCGUCGCCAAGCUCACCACCACGGCGGACAAUGCCAUCGACGGAGACUCGGCAGUACUCCAGCUUAACAGUGCGCUGGCGUUGCGGAGCAUUGUUCUCAACUCCGAACGCGUGGAAGCGGGCGACUUGGAGUGUCUGGACGUACCGACGGCUGGCUUCGUCGCGGUCCGCAAGCACGUAGACCAAAUCCUCGAGAUCUAUCGCGAGCCCGUGGUCUCCGCCAAGCACAGCUCGGCUGGGGCUGCGCUCUGUGCGCUGGCGCACUUCGAUGCUCGAUGCCGCGAAGCCAUCGCCGACCUCUCGCACUGUCAUUUGGCGCUCAGGUGGAUAGCAGAGAAUCCCGGCAGCCACAGCGGCGACAUGUGUGAAAGCGUGCUGGUGCUGUUGCAGAGCGUCACUGAAGCGAGUGAAGAGUGUAGACAGGCGCUCCUCCAACUCGCCCCUCUUGAGGCGCCGGCCGAGGCCGAAGUCGGUGGUGCUGAGGGUGCUGUCGAGGAGCACAACGCAGCCAUGCAACUGACGUCCGACUACGUCGACAGCAGCAUCAGUGGAUGGGCGGUCAAGGAGCUGCUCGCGCUGACCGAGAAUUCGUCAUCGCCCAACGUAAAGUGGUUCGCCGCCAGGUGUUUGUUUGCGUUGACAUUCAACGAAGAGAGGGUGAGUCGCUGUCUGCUCGACCUCGAUGGCGCCUCUCGGGUGAUGAGCCUCCUGCGACAGCACUCGGAUUCGCUCGCGCACCAAGAGCUGUGCUGGACGCUGGCCAAUGCGUUCCAUUGCGCCCGCCGCCGGGGCGGGCAGCAGCCAACCCUGGCCGAAGACGACAUCUCCCUGUUUGCCCAGCUCUUGCAAUCGGACAACGUCAAGUUGGCCACCCGCUUCGCGGCGGUGGCCAUUCUCGCCAGCGUUUUGCCGGCUGCGGGGACCGAGGCAGGCGAGCAGCCGGGUUCCCUCUUUCCCGAGCUUCUCGCGCGGUUGCGCGCCGUCUCGCACGUGGAGGUGCAGUUCUACGCGGCCUGGGCGCUGGCCAUCGCCAGCCAGGUGCAGCCCGAGUGGCUUACACACGCGAAGCUUCGGGCUGCUUCAGCCGCGGAAGAGGCGCUGGGCAGCGACUUGCGGCAAACGAUGUCGGCCGUCGGGGCGUCGGUGCUUCGGUUCCACCGACACGCUGGCCAGCAGGCCCUCGCCGCUCUUGAAGAGCUCUCAUUCUCCCUCGAGAAAGCGGAUUAA